GGCUUCGCCCUAUCGAUGACGGGCUUUCGAUCGAGUCCGACGACCGAGGCAACUUCCAAGCCGAGGCAUGUUGGAGGCCAUUUAGUCUGUCGCGAAACCCCGCGUUUGUUUAAUUUCCAAUAGCCGAAUCCGACAAUGAUAAUUUCUCACGAUAGAUUGAACAGACUGUUGUUGCAGUCGCGUGCCUUCACUGUGUCUGGUCGCUGGGGCCGGGUUUAAUUGAAGUCGGAAAAAGCAACGUCAUUGACGCGCCCGUUUCGAGCUUGGGUCCUACGACUUCCCUUCCCAGCCAAGCAACAAUCUCCGCCUUGACGCAACAUCGAAGAACCCUCAACCGACGCUACGGGCUGCCAAGGCGUCCUACUGCCUAUAUUCUGACCCUAACGAUAUCGUACCCGUGACUCCCUAAAGAAAAGCGCGCAAGCAACCCUACCGAUGGUCGCGCAGGCACCGCCGCCGAAUGCGGCGUCGAAGCUCUCGGCCUACCUCUCGCGACUCAACCCGGUCCCCGGCUUCCCCGAGUACACAGGCCCGCACAAGGUCGGAACCAUCGACGUGGAGAUCCCCGUCUCCGAACUGCCCUCGCCGUGUCCCGUCUCCGACGCCGCCGCAGGGAUCCCCACCGUCCUGAUCCGCGUCUACUACCCGGCGACGCCCGACGCCAGGGGCAAGCGGAUAACAUGGCUCCCCGCGCCCCAGCGGCAGCACCUAUCGGGGUAUGGGCAGUUCCUCGGCAUCGGACCGACCGUCUCGAGCCUCGUCUCCUUCCUGCCCCGGCACCUGUACCACACCUCGAUCCCCGUGCUCGAGAAUGCGCCGCUGCUCGACCCGCCGGCCGACGCGCACGCCGGCCGCUGGCCGACCAUGGUCUUCUCGCACGGCCUGGGCGGCAGCAGGAACGCGUACUCGCACCUCGCCGGCUCCCUGGCCAGCCACGGCGUGGUGGUCUUUUGCCCCGAGCACCGCGACGGCAGCGCCGUCUCGACAAUGAUACCCAGCCCCGCCGGCAGCACGCCGCGCUCCGUCGAGGUCGCCUACCGUCCGAUUGCGCACACGACGGAGCCGGCGACGUGGGAGGCCCGUGACGGCCAGCUGCGCGUCCGCACGUGGGAGUUGGGCUUGGUGCUGGAGGUCGUCUUUGCCCUCGACGACGGAUCCGCAAAGUCCCUCACGAACCUCAAGUCUGGCACGCCGGCCCACUCGCUCCCACAGUUUGCUGGCAGGCUUCACAUACAGGACCCGGGGAGCAUAAUCUGGGGAGGGCACAGCUUCGGUGCCGCCACCAUAGUGCAGUUACUCAAGUCGACGUACUACGCCGACAGGCCCGAGGCCAAGACCAAGAAGUCGAUAUUCGAGCCCUCGGCCGACUGUCGGCUGCGGGGCCAGGUCACGGAGCGGUCGGUCGUGGUGUUGCUGGACAUGUGGUGCUUCCCGCUCGUGUCGCCCGACCAGUCGGCCCUGUUCCGGCUGCCGCUCCCCUGCUACGCCGACACGGCCGCGGCGCCCGGCGGCGCGGCGCUGCUGGCCGUCGAGUCGGACGCCUUCUUCAAGUGGAUCGAGCACCUGCACACAAAGGCGCUCGCGCUCUCGCCGGUCCCGACGGCCCGCGAGGUGUCGGCGGCCGCCUUUGAGCGGCCCGCCACGGGCCGCCGCCUGCCCGAGCCGCACUUCUUCCGCGUCCGCGAGAGCGCCCACCUGAACCAGUCCGACUUCGGCAUCCUCUUCCCCUGGCUGACCCGCCACGUCUUCGGCGCCCGCGAGCCCGAGCGCGUCCUCCGCCUCAACGUCCGCGCCGUGCUGCAGGCGCUGCGGGCCAACGGGUUCCGCGUCGCGCGCACGUGCGCCGCCGACCUCGUCGACGGGGACGGCAAGGGCGAUGGUGAUGGCGGCGGGGACAAGCUCGCCGCCACCGCCAACCUGGACGACGACCCGGCCAUCCUCGACCGCAGCGUCGCACAGGCCGGCGCCAUCGACGCCUGGAGCUGGGUCGACGUCGUCGGCCUCGGUCCCGAGAGCAGCCUGGCGGAGCGGCGGGCGGCGGGCGGGGACGACGCCGACGCCGACGCGGGGUCGGCGACGGACGUGGAGAACGACGGGCGCGAGGUCGACAUGCAGGGCGAGAUAGAACCUCACCUUGCGCAGAAGCCCGCCGUGGCUGGGGUUGCGGCUGCGAGGUGAUACCUGCUUACGUGUUCUUUCACCUCAUUUCUGCUUUUCAUCAUCCUUGUUUACGCGCUCACAUGCCUUGUUAUUGCGACUUUGGAGCCGGGUUCUGUUGCACGGCGGCCAUUCUACUUUCUCUUGUUUCCAUAACGUCUAGGAUUAGCGAUACCUAUAGAUGGAUAGAAUUAGACAUUAGGCCAUCAAAUACACAUCCACACACCUUUCUUCGGGCGGAGCCAGACUCCUGGGGGAGGGUGCGCCAGUCACAGCUCG